AUGCAUUUGAGGUCUAGCUAUAGAUAUGCGGGGGUCUUAGGUGGGCUACUGCGGCAGCGCUACCAAUAUUCUGGUUUUAGACAGUUUCGUUGGUAUUCACGAUGGAGAAAAGAGACCCUACCUAGAGGUGAUGGCAAGAAUAAUUCAGGCAGGUUGGAUAUUCCUUUUGAAGCCCAUUACAAAAUUAGAUCACAUAUCGAGAUGUUGAUUCAAGAUUAUGCGAAGAAACCUAUUCCACCAAUUACCUACCAAUAUUUGACACAGUACAAGCCACCAUUACAGAACAAUGAGCAAUACAUGUUAAGCAUUCAAACUGUUAACCUGUUAUUAUGUUAUACGUGCCGUCAAUUGCAAGCAAUUCAAAAUUUGCCAUACAUCGUUGUUUUAAAUCCCAAUAUUGAACUCACCAAUUCACUUUAUCUCAGUACUUUAGAGACUUUACUUAGUGUAGAUUAUCCGUAUGGGCUACAUCAUCGCGAUACCAUGGUUAGUCUUUUAACCAAUUUUUUGGAGGAGCAUCAAGACACUUUGACGACAUUAGCCGCAGGGUUUCAAGAGGUAAUGAAAUUUUAUGACCACGAGCACGUCUUCAGAUUUUUAAAUCUGCAUCUGAGAAAUAGGAUCUCAAUGAAGAUGUUAGUAACCCACCAUUUAGGGUUAUUGGAACAAACUGACCGUUUCCAUCAAGGUAUUACGAGUAAUGAUAUUGGAGUUUUGUAUAAGGAUUUGAAAAUUUCAAGCCUGGUUGAACAGGUCGGUGAAUUUGUCAAUGAUCUCUGUUCAAUCAGCUAUGAUCGUAACGUCCCUGUAAAGAUCAUGGAGGGCCAUGACGUCACUUUUACCUGUAUCCCCACAAGUUUAGAGUAUGUGCUUACGGAGGUUUUGAAGAAUUCGUUAAGAGCUCACAUCGAACAUAGUAAUUCAGAGAAUCUAUUGACACAAAAACCUGUGGAAGUCACUAUUGUUCGUAAUGAUAAUGAAUUGCAAAUAAGAAUUCGUGAUUUUGGCGGUGGUAUACCGCCUGCAGUGGAAGAAAAAAUGUUUGAUUAUUCCUAUAGUACGGUAGCAGAGAAGAAGAAUGAUACUGGCGCGGAAGCAUACAUUUUGCCCGGUGAAAAUGUUAAUAACGUUUCUGGGAUGGGAUUUGGUCUCCCCAUGUGUAAGGCAUACAUGGAAAUGUUUGACGGUCGUCUUGAUAUACAAAGUUUAUGGGGAUGGGGGACUGAUGUCUACAUAAAGCUCACAGGCCCAUCGAAGGAAAUGCUAUGA